UGCACUGUCGAUUGUGCUAUUCACUAACUUAUGUUAACUAACACUGAACAGCUGUUUUCUUCUAUUUAUUCAAACUGAUAGAGAGUGGCAUCUUUGUCAAAUUAAAUGUCAGAAUGAGCGAAUAACAUGAAGAAGAGAAACAAAAAAAUAUAGACGUCAAACUGUUAAAUGCAAUUGUGAGUGUUUUUUAACAAUAAUAUAUGUACAAAGAUGACAUCGACAGCUACCAAAAGAAGCCGUGCCACAUCCGAGCAGCUAAAUCGCCUGCUUGACUACCUAAUGGAAGUCCCGGGUCUAGCAGGAUCUAGGUUCCACAGCCUCCAUGGUAAGUACGAGUGCGACAAAAAGUGGAGCGAGCUAGCAGCAAAAUUAAAUAGUCUGGGUGGAGCAGUGAAGACGGUGAAUCAAUGGCAAACGGUAUGGCGGGACUUAAAAAGCCGCACCAGCAUUAAAGCACGGAAUCGGCGAAGGCAACAAGCUUUAACUGGGAACAGGCCAAUCAGCGAGGAGCCCCUAACGGAAUUCGAGAGGCGGGUGUCUGCUCUUAUAGGGGAGGAGUAUAUGAAGGGCCACGAUUCAACCCCUGAAAAUAUUCCACUGGAGGAGGUAAUCCAAAUGGGUAUCGAAGUGGAAGAUGAAAGGGUGAUUUCGGAAGCCCCGUCGCCUUUACGGACGCCACUGGCAGAGAAUUUGACGCUGAGGUCAGGUAAUUCCCAUAUCUCAGACAGGAGAACACCACGGGCGAGCUUGAAAAGAAAGCGCAUGGAAGAAGACGGUAAUGCUCGGAAGAAAUUUUUGGAAAUAGCAGAAAAACAGGCAGAUGCACUAAAGAUGCUAGCCCAGUCGAGUAUAGAAACAGUAGAAGUCGCGAAACAACAAGCAGAUGCUUUAAAGAUCUUAGCCGAAAGCAGCUCUGCAAUUGCUCAGGCUAAUAAAAUGAUGGCGGAGGCAAUAGCCGUAUUGGGGAAUGGAUUAAGCGCUACCGCAGAAGCAUUCAACAAUCUAACGAAUGCAAUAUAUCGUAUGUAG